AUGAGUGCAAAUAAAGUUGUGAAUGGACUGGAAAUUAUUGACAAUGGACAAAACAAUUUUGUAUGUGAAGCAUGUGCAUAUGGGAAGCAGUGCAAGUUUCCAUUUCACAAAUCUGAGCGAGGAGAACUACAGCCAGGUUAUCUAGUUUAUAACGACGUUUGUGCACCUAUGAGUAUCUUAUCUAUUCAAGUUAUUCUUGAUGAUGAAGUUACAAAUGUGAAUGAGAGUGAAGCACAAGAAUCUAAUGUGGAUGAUACUCUAGUUGAAAGUCAGUUAACAGAGAGCGAAGAUAGCAUGCUGAGUUGUACCGGUGAUGACUCAGACUGUGAACCAUCUCGAGAAUUGCAAGAUUCAACAAUACAUACAAAAAGUUUAAGACCACGCAUCAAUAGAAAUUAUGAAGCAAAUCUGGUAGAGCUGUCAUUGCCUCAAACAUAUGCAGAAGCACUGAAUAGUCCACAAAAGGCUGUGUGGUAUAAAGCUAUAAGAGAAGAAAAGUCUGGUCAACGAAACCUUAGUACCAAGUGGGUUUUCACCAUAAAGAAGAAUGAGAAUAAUCAGAUUGCACGCUAUAAGGCUUGUUUAUGUGCACGAGGGUUUAAUCAGAUUAAGGAUAUUGAUUAUCAAGAAAUAUUCUCUCCAACAACCCGUUAUAAUUCUAUAAGAAUUAUACUUUCUGUUGCUGCAAAGUAUAACUUAAAAAUUCAGCAGUUUCAUGUAAAGACUGCCUUUUUAAAUAGGUAUCUUGAAGAGGAUAUUUUUAUAAAUAUACCUGAGGGUUUAUCAAUUAAAAGUGAUCUUGUGUUAAAAUUAAUUAAUCACUGUAUGGUUUAA